UCCCAAAAAAACCCUGAUUAGUUCAAUCUCUUGCUUUCAAUCUGUUGAAGAAUUGAUUUCAAAAAGAUGUCAGGGAGAAAGAUUACUUUGAAGAGCUCGGACGGUGAAUCCUUCGAGGUCGAUGAAGUGGUGGCUUUGGAAUCUCAGACCAUCAAGCAUAUGAUCGAAGACGACUGCGCCGAUAACGGAAUCCCCUUGCCCAACGUCACCAGUAAGAUUCUCGCCAAGGUUAUUGAGUACUGCAAAAAGCACGUCGACACUCCUAAGACCGACGAUCGAUCAGCCGAUGAAGACCUUAAGACUUGGGACGCUGACUUCGUCAAGGUCGAUCAAUCUACUCUCUUCGAUCUCAUUCUGGCAGCAAACUAUUUGAACAUCAAAGGCUUGCUGGAUCUUACUUGUCAAACCGUUGCAGACAUGAUAAAGGGAAAGACACCUGAAGAGAUCAGGAAGACAUUUAACAUCAAGAAUGACUUCACCCCUGAGGAGGAAGAGGAAGUUCGCCGUGAGAAUCAGUGGGCAUUUGAAUGAAGUAUUCCCUAUUCGGAUGGCUAUGUGGUGAUGAAGACGGAUACGUAAAACGGUUGAUGAGCAAGUUUACCUUAACAAGAUGUUGAUAUAUGUUAUGUUUGUUCAUUAAAGCUUG